GAAAGGAUUUGGCAACAACGGCUGCAGCUUGACCUACUUACUACUUUUUUCUUUUCCCUUGCUUGUUAACUCAAGUGAAGCUAAACCAAGCUCAGCUGAAGCCAAACAGAGAGAGGCUAAGCUACAAUAACAGUGUGUGCAGACCUUUAAAAACUGCGCAGUGAGGAUUUGUUUUUCCUCUCUUGUUUUUCUCUUCAUGAAGCUGACAGUGAUAAGAGAUGCUGUCCUUUCGGCUCCUCUAAAAAGGAACUAAAGUGAGAAGCUGAACUUCAAGAGAGAGAGUAAAAGGAGAAAGAAAGAGAAAAGGAAAGAAAGUAAACAACUGCAAGAUAAAGGGCAGAACACGAAUUGACAUCUGGUGAUUAAGCGUCCCUCAAAGUGGAGAGUGUGAACAUAAAGGAGACGGUUAGAAGAGUAGGAAACAGAACACUAGGAUCCAGAGCUUAAAUUAAACUUCCAGGAGGGAGAAAGAGAAAUUAAAAAGAAGAAAGCAAAUAUAAACAAACAGAUAAAGUUAAAGAGAAGACCCAAGGGGAAGAAUGAAAGAGAAAGAUCUCUAACAUCUCUGAAUAAGACAGAGUAAAAUAGAGAUUCCAGGAGAAAAAGAGAGAGUCAAUUUGGGGUAGUUAAGGCAGUGCUUUGGAGGAGAAGCAAAAUCCUGUGGAGAAGAAUUAGGUAUAGGGCUAAGGGAAACACCAAGAUAUAGGAAGAGAAAGAACGAAGUGAAGCUUGAAUCUGUAGACUUAUACUAAAAAGAGGGAUAACAAUAGCGCAGGGAAGCAAUAGAGAGGGCUCUAGAAUAGAAUUGAGAUUCAGGAGAUUUAGGAGAUAUGAAGGAAAUAUAAAAGAUUUUUAGAAGCCUAGACACAGAGGAAAGCUUAGCAAACACUUAAGAAUAGCAAAGAGAGUUGGAAAACUUCAGCAAGAGGCUAGGUACUAAAGAUUGCUCCCCGCAGAUGACCUAGCUUAGAUGAGAGUUAGACCCUUUUUUUGUUUUGUUUUGUCUUCUGUUUUUCUCUCUUCCCCUCCUCUUCUCCCCCCUUUUCUCCUCCUACAGGGAUUAUAAAGAACAGCGUGGAACGAAUUCAUACGAUCACAGUAAAGUGACAUCAAGACAACACAAUAAUAUAAUAGACAUCUUAGAAUCGACUACAAGAUUAAGAAGACAAAAAUGAACACUAGGAAAACCAAGAUAGAAUCAAGCCAACAGAGAAGACCUUCUUUUGGAUCUGGCAGCUCAGAACAGACAGCCUUACUGGAGGAACUAAAAUCACUUUACUACGAAAUAAAGGAAGAUAUGAAGGCGAUGAAGAGAGACAUGAAUGCUAUGAGAAAAGAAAUAAAACAAGAAAUACGUCAGGAGAUAAGAGCAGAAUUAAAAGACAUUAAGGACUCUAUAGGAAAAGUGGAGGAAGAUAUAUCUCGGAUGGGGAAAAAUAUGGAUAAGUUAGAAGACAAGACGGAAAAGAUAAACAAAAAAGUCAGUGACUUCGAAAAGAAUUAUGAGAGAGAUCUUGAUGAGAGAGCACUGCAAGAUCUAAAACAACGUGAAAACUGUAUUAAAAUUAGAGGUUUAAAGGAGAAAGACAACGAGGAUCUAUAUGAAUACCUGACACCGACAUUAGCAGAAUAUGUAGGAAUCGAAUUAGACAGUUUUGAGAUCGAAAUCAGUAAGAUGUUCCGCGUUAACUCUAAAAUUGCAAAACAAAAAAGGCUCCCGAGAGACGUUGUUGUAUAUUUUACAAGGAAAAAAAUGAGAGACCAGAUUAUUCAACUAAACUAUGAACAAAGUCUUGAAAUGGAUGGGGAAGAGCUUGUUAUUUUGAAAGAUGUCCCUUUGAGAAUCUUGAGAAAACGGAAUGAGUAUAAACCAUUGGCGGAGCUACUGAGAAAUAACGACAUUCCCUACAGAUGGGAUAGGCUAGAGGGGGUGAUAUUUAGAUAUAAAUUAGAGACGUUUAGGAUCAAUUCUACACUGAAAAUGAAAGAUUUUUUGAGAAAAUAUAAGAAGGAAUUGGAGAAAAGAACUGACAACGAGGAAAGGGAAAAACAGAAGGCGAAAACGGGAGAAACACCAGACUCGGAGCCUUGCAAUGAAGAGGAAAAUAAGGAAGAAGUCAAUGAAAAAGAUCCAGAAGGAAUUUAAACCUAAGUGUGCUUAUUAGGGAUGUUUGAAGACACUGCACCUGUGAGAUACCGAAGAUUACUAUUCUACCUAUUCACAUGUGCAAGAAUUGUCUUUGCUAGCUUCUGGAAACAGAACUCCGCCCCUUCAAUAGAGAAAUGGUUAAUGAAAACUUUCGAAAUGGCGGAGUUGGAUAGAAUGACCUCUUGGACCAAAGGGAAAAGUGAAGAACAAGCAAUAGAACAAUGGUUACCAUUUAAGGAUUAUAUUAAGAGAAGAUGGCAAAAUAUUUUGCUAGUCUGAUUAAAAAUCAUGCACCAC